AUGGGAGAAGAAGGGACUCUGGAGAUCGGCAUGGAGUAUAGAACUGUUUCUGGUGUUGCGGGACCAUUGGUCAUUCUUGACAAAGUGAAGGGCCCAAAGUACCAGGAAAUUGUUAACAUUCGCUUAGGAGAUGGAUCCACGAGACGUGGUCAGGUCUUGGAAGUCGACGGCGAGAAAGCAGUUGUCCAGGUUUUUGAAGGAACAUCUGGAAUUGACAACAAGUUUACCACCGUACAAUUCACUGGAGAGGUUUUGAAAACACCUGUGUCACUGGACAUGCUUGGCCGGAUAUUCAACGGUUCUGGAAAACCGAUUGAUAAUGGCCCUCCUAUUUUGCCAGAGGCAUACCUUGACAUUUCAGGAAGCUCAAUCAACCCUAGUGAAAGAACCUACCCGGAAGAGAUGAUACAAACAGGGAUUUCGACCAUCGAUGUCAUGAACUCCAUUGCUCGUGGACAAAAGAUUCCUCUUUUCUCUGCUGCUGGUCUUCCUCAUAACGAAAUCGCUGCUCAGAUCUGUCGUCAGGCUGGUCUUGUCAAGCGUUUGGAGAAAACCGCUGAUCUACUUGAGGACCAUGGAGAGGACAACUUUGCGAUUGUGUUUGCAGCUAUGGGUGUGAACAUGGAGACAGCUCAGUUCUUCAAGCGAGAUUUUGAAGAGAAUGGAUCUAUGGAGAGAGUUACUCUCUUCCUCAACCUGGCUAAUGAUCCAACCAUUGAGAGAAUCAUCACUCCUCGUAUCGCACUCACAACAGCAGAAUAUCUGGCUUAUGAAUGUGGGAAACACGUCCUUGUUAUAUUGACUGAUAUGAGUUCUUAUGCCGAUGCUCUUCGUGAGGUCUCCGCGGCACGAGAAGAAGUUCCCGGAAGACGUGGUUACCCAGGUUAUAUGUACACUGAUCUUGCAACCAUCUAUGAACGUGCUGGUCGUAUCGAAGGAAGAAAAGGCUCCAUCACCCAAAUCCCAAUCCUCACUAUGCCCAACGACGACAUCACACAUCCUACUCCGGAUCUUACUGGUUACAUCACUGAAGGUCAGAUUUACAUCGAUAGGCAACUUCACAAUCGACAGAUAUAUCCACCAAUCAACGUGCUUCCAUCUCUUUCUCGUUUAAUGAAGAGUGCUAUUGGAGAGGGAAUGACUCGGAAAGAUCAUUCCGACGUGUCGAACCAGCUAUACGCGAAUUACGCGAUCGGGAAAGAUGUUCAAGCCAUGAAAGCUGUGGUUGGAGAAGAAGCGCUUUCUUCAGAGGAUCUGCUUUACUUAGAGUUUUUGGAUAAGUUUGAGAGGAAGUUUGUCAUGCAAGGAGCUUAUGACACACGCAACAUCUUCCAGUCGCUGGACUUGGCUUGGACGUUGCUCCGUAUCUUCCCUCGCGAGCUUCUUCACCGUAUCCCUGCGAAGACGCUUGACCAAUUCUACAGCCGCGACUCGACGACGAGCUAA